CCCCCCCCGCCAAUCGCUGCCUGCAGCCUGUGCAGACCCGGCUGCUUUUCACAUCGCGUUAGGGCCCCGCCACGCCCAGAUUAAAGCCGCCAUGGACUCAAAUACUCGAUUCGUGGCGACGGCAUGGCGCAAUAGCUAUGAGCUGCUUCAGCUACGCCAGGACUUGUACGCUUCCGACACGUCCAAAAGACAAAGGGCUGUCCGCAAGGUUUUCGCAUGGCGGUUGCGCAAGCCAGACGGCCUGCCUCUGCUGCUCGAGUCCACGGCAGACAUUGUUGAUGUAAUGCUGCAAGACGCGAGGGGCUCUCUGCCGCACAAUGCCCUGCGCCUGCUCUAUGCCACGGCACUAUCCAGAUUUGUAACCGGUCUGGCAGACACCCAGAUCGACUUGACUCGUGACCGCCCCUCCUGGUUCCCUUCUGGAAAGUCGCUCCAGCUACCCCUCACUCUACUGGAAACACGACACCGCAUCGUCCAUCGGCAUCUUCCGUCGCUGGCAGAGUUGAAGCGCGCCGCUACCCAAUCUCUCGAGUGGCUAUGGGACUGGUACUGGACCCAGUUGGACUAUGCCUUCACCACCGCUACAUGUGCACGCGCAGACGAGGACGAGGAGCUGGGUGUAGAGAGUAGAGACGCCAUCAAGGACAGGCUACAAGGCAUUCUGAAGACCUAUGUCAAGGACAGAAAGGCCGAAAUCAAGCGUCGAAAAGAGCAAAGCACGGCUGCCGAAACCGCCCUGUCGACCUACAUGUUGCGCUUCUCAUCCAACACAACCACCACGCCCCUUAGCCAAGUACGCCGUGUCCUUGUUGAACAGUUAGUCGACGCCGAGAUGAUUCUUCCUUCGGAUAAGAAACUGGGCAGUAGCAUGUCGGGAGCCUUUCUCAUCUGGACGCCCCUGCUUCUUGCCUUUAGCACAGGAGCUUGGUCUGAACCGCGUGUCCUCUCUGUCCAUGUACUGGUGGAGCGCCUCAUUCAGAAGAUGAAUUCAGACGGGCAAACAACCGUGGACCCAGAGAGGGACCCCGUAAAAGAGGGUCUUUUGGCGUGGGCCCUACACGUCGUCACGUCUGACAGCUGGGCGCCCGCACGGCGACACUCGUCGGACCAUGGAACGCAUGAGCAGCUACUCGCAAGACUCUUUUCCGCCCCUUCUUUCUGGAGCCUACGGAUGGCUGAGACGCUGCUGGAGGCUGGACACGUCACCAACGUCGAGUCGUGGCGCGCUGUGCUUGCUGCGGCGAGAGAGGACGACAGUGUAAGCCAGACAAUGCAUGUCGACGUGGAUAGUAUUGCUGAGGCAAUGCCUGUUGGACAGGCCGACGGUGAGUGGAAAGACAAGGAAAAGGAAAAGGUCCAGGGGCCAGUCAAAUUGCUGGGUAUGUGGAAGCCCAGACGUAUUGGAUGGAUGCCUGAAGGGUGGUCGGAUGAUGAGCAAGAGUGAUAUGAUAUGCUGCCAAGUUGCACCGUGAGAAUACCAUGACCAUGCUGGUGAUGAUGGCGUGACAUUGCACAAAAUUGACUUUGUCUGCUUGCUCCAAUCACCCCAAAUGAUAGAAAAAAAAUAAACAAACAAAAGGGAUAUAACGUGGUUCAUAAGCGAGUCGGUCACCCAAGCGAGUCGGUCACUCCCCACCAGCGCGUUGACGUUGACACGUUAUCACAGUCUUUUAUUACAGUCAAUAAACUAUUGCAAUAUACCAAAUUAAU